CUUCCUCGCUCCCCACCAGUCCGUCCCAUCCCUCGCCUGCCUUCGCACGGGUGCGCCGCCCGCUCGACAGCCACGCCGCGCCGCGCCGCGCCGCUCAGCUGCCCGGCACCCGCCCUUCCUCGCCGAGCUCGGGAUCGACGUCUCCCGCACCUCCUCCGCGCCCGUUCCGGGCUCCGCAUCCGGCCUCUCCCCCGUCCCCAACCCCAUUCCGCAGCAGGCGACCAGCACAACAUCUCGAAUCCCCCGCCUCGCAUUCGGCUCGCCGUCGCUCCUCCUCCGCGUCCCGCCACCCUCCGCACGGCCACUAGCUGGGUAUCAAAACAUUGGGUUGCCAAACAAGCUACCUUCUCAGAUUCCGAUCAAUAGCUUCUCAGGUCCAACAAGUGAGCUUUUUGCACCAGUAGCUUUUGCAACCCUGUGACGGAAGUUUGUUUUGUCACCCAAAACCUAUCACUUGUCACCUAUUCAAAGUGCAGAGGGAAGGGAACGGUGCUGAUAGUGCAAGUGCUGUCCGAUAAAAAUGGCGCUGUGGAGCAUCUGAAAUGCUGCUUCCCUUGGCUCAUAUGAAUUUUAGCUUAGGCCUUAGGAUAGAGCAAAGUAGCAUAAUCUCAAGCACAAGUUUACUAUGUCUGGGAUGGCAUCUGAUGAUUCACCUGCCCAAGUGAAUGUUGAAGGAGAUGUUUCAGAGAAAAAAGUAGAAGUUCAAGACCAGAAUGAAGUGGGUGGGAUGCCCUCACGACAAGAGGAGGAGGCAGCAAUUAAGAAAAAGUAUGGAGGAAUAUUGCCCAGAAAGACUCCACUUAUAUCUAAGGAUCAUGAACGUGCUUACUUUGAUUCUGCUGAUUGGGCUCUAGGAAAGCAAGGUGGUGUUCCCAACAAGCCUAAAGGUCCUCUUGAGGCACUCCGACCCAAGCUUCAGCCUACGCAACAGAAUGCCCGCGCCCGCCGAACUUCAUAUGCGUCUGCGGACAGUGACGACACUUUGAAUCUGUCCCCCGAGGAUCUGGUCCCGCAAGGAGAACCCAGCCAGCAGGGAGAACCAGUCGAGGACAAGAACAAGGAAUAAACACAUGCCCAGCAUAGCUACUGUACUGUACCCCUUUUCAUACACAAGAUGCCAUUUUCCGCCGUCGCACAAAAAAAAAACUUCUUUUGCCUUGGUAAUAAGCGUGUUGAUUCGGUUCCGGCCCAACGGUCCCGGUGAGGCUGAGGUUGAGACACGUGCAGCUUGAACUGCAUGUGAGAUGUGGUAUCCGCUGCACUGGGCUGUUGGGGGUCCUUGGGAUGCAUGAACAAAUAAACAAUGAUGCUUGCGAUGUUUACAUUGCUGUACCUGGACCUGUGUUACCUCUAUGCAAACACAUGCAAAUCCGAUGGUCCGAGACUCGAAACUCUCCCGUUGAGCUGAAGGAGUUGCUGUACUAAUAAUAAUGAAGAUUUUUUUUU